GGUACACAGACACGCAACUUUUCACCUGUGUAUACCUACGGCAAGAACUUUCACACAAACGUGGCCUUGUCGCCCGCAUUUCAGUCCUUGGGUUGAGGAGUCGGUGCUGAGGCUGACGCCAUGGCCUCGUGCCGUGAGAGAAGGCGGGACUCCGACAGCAGUCUGCUACUAGAUGUGGAGGACAGGGAGGAUCCUGAUUUGGACAAUAAGGACGAGGAACAUCCUAUAGAGAAAGCUGCCCUCAACAUGCUGUUUUGCAGACGAUUCUGGAACCUUCUAAAGGUCAUCUUCCCGAAGCUGAUCUCACCAACGUUUCUCAUGUUCUGCACACUUCUGGCUGUUUGUCUACUGGAACAAGUGGUGAUCUACCAGACCGGCCUGAUUCCCAGCCAGUUCGUGAAGAUCCUGGCAGCAGAGAAUCCUCAGAAGUCAGAGUUCAUGACCAGACUGUGGCUGUCCCUCAUCAUUAUUGGGCUCAACUCAACUUUGAAAAGCCUGGAUGGUUACAUCAGUAGCCUGAUGUAUGUGAAGUGGCGGCGGCUGAUCUGCCACAGACUCCACCAGAAGUACUUCCAGGACACGGUGUACUACCAGCUUAACGUACUGCAAGGGGACAUGGACAAUCCGGACCAAAGAAUCAGCCAGGAUGUGGAGAGGUUCUGUAAACAGUUCAGCCUGAUGAUAGCUGUGAUUGUCAUAUCUCCCUUCACCAUAGGAUAUUACACAUAUCAGUGUUACAUAAGUACUGGCUGGCAGGGUCCUGUCAGCAUCUUUGUGUACUUCGUGACGGGUACAAUCAUCAACAAGUUCAUCAUGUCCCCCAUAAUCAGGCUCCUGGUCAGGCAGGAGAAGCUGGAAGGAGACUUCAGGUUCAAACACAUGCAGAUCAGAGUGAAUGCUGAGUCAGCAGCAUUCUACAGAGCCUGCCAGGUGGAGCUGAUGAAGACAAACUUCCGGCUCCACUCCCUGCUGGACACACAGACACAACUCAUCAACAGGGAGUUCUGGCUCAACUUUGCAGUGAACAUGUUUGACUAUGUGGGGAGUAUCCUGAGCUACAUUGUUAUCGCCAUCCCCAUCCUGAGUGGAGCCUACAGCCACAUGGCCCCAAAUGAAAUAAGUGCACUUGUCAGCAAGAAUGCCUUUGUGUCCAUUUACCUGAUUGGUUGCUUCAGCGGGCUGAUUGACCUUUCCACCAAACUCACUGACCUGGCAGGAUACACACACAGGAUAGGAGAGCUCCUUGAGUCCUUAGAGAGGACAGAAAAGGGAACGAUGGAGGAACAACCCGACCAGAGUGCAGACCCUGGCGACGAUGAUUCAUGUGAAAAUACAAGCCUUUGCAGCCAGGAGAGCACACAAAGUAACAAGGCCUUCCAGCUGGAGUCUGUCACCCUCACACCACCUUCACUACAGAACAGGGUACUCAUUAGGGAUCUAACCCUCGAGAUAGAAGCAGGAAGAAAUCUACUUAUUGUGGGAAACACAGGAUCAGGCAAAAGUUCCUUACUGAGGGUGUUGAGGGGACUGUGGCCAACCUUAGGAGGCAGUGUAGAACGGAUCAGUCCACUUGGUCCACAGGGGGUGAUGUUCAUACCGCAAAAACCUUACUUGACGGACGGAUCACUCAGGGAACAGAUCAUAUAUCCAUUAAAAGACAAGUAUCCAGGACAAGUUUCUCCUGAUGAUGAGAUCAUUAUGCAAUAUUUAGAAAGACUAGAACUGAUGUCAGUAUUUGAUCGAGCCAAGGGGCUGGACGGUGGAACAGAGUGGAUUAACUGGUACGAUGUGCUGUCACCAGGGGAGAUGCAGAGGUUAUCCUUUGCCAGACUGUUCUUCCACCAGCCUCAGUUUGCAGUACUAGACGAGGCGACCAGUGCAGUGAGUCAGGAGACGGAGGAGGUUCUGUACAGCAUGUGUAAGGACAUGGGCAUGACUGUCAUCAGUGUGGGACACAGGAGCAGCCUCAGGAAGUUCCAUGAUGUAGAACUGAAGCUGGAUGGCCACGGAGGCUGGAGGCUGGAGACCAUCAGAUGAGACCGAGCCACGCCUGCAUGUCCUGUCUAAGCACGUCGCCAGAACGUACUGCACCUGCGCGAAACCCGUAAUGUACAUAGCAGUUCAGCAGAAUGUCUCAUAUAAGGUUGCAUUCGCUCAUAUAAGGUUAGCAUUUCGACAGUAGUUUCCAAGUGUUAUGUUGUAAAGAAUAUCCUCUGCAACAGACAGAAUUCUGAUGCAACGUUGACCAAAAAUCCAACUAAAAAAGCGAAAAUACGGGGUUCUGCGCAGGCGCAGUACGUUCAGCCGACGUGCUUCCCGUCUAGUCCAUGUCACACCAUAUCCAAGCAGAUGCUACGGUGGCCAGAGGAGGGUUGACCCUUAUGUAAGAAUUAGGAAAGUAGAAACAGAAAUACACUCCUGGUCCCGGGCCGGGGUUUGAACCUACGACCAAACCCAGUCACCUGUCGACAUGCCGGCGCUCUAACGAUUCAGCUAAAAGGUCUAUACCCCUCGGCCAGGUCAAUUGGUAGCUGCGACCUAUAAGCCCCCCACUGUUACACUACUCCCCCCUUUUUCUGUUCAAGAUUCGUCCUCGAAUCUUCCGAAUUCAACAUCCCAUAUAAUCUAUGACUAGUUGGGUAACCCUGGCUGUUGUAAGCCGAACUAGACGAAUAAAUAAAGUGUCCACUAGCCACCAAGGUUGCUAAUGGACACUCCUCUGGCCAUUUGGAUACUGUCUUCCCACCGUAGCAUCUGCUUGGAGACAGUCUUUACUAUCAUUUGCAAUCUGUAUGACCUCUGUUAGUCAAUAUUCAGGCCACACCAAUUUAAUUUUUUGGUUCUAGGAUUCGCCUCUUCAUUUUUUCUGAUUUUCAAAAAAAAAAGAUCAACUCAACUUUGAAUCAACUCAGAAAUGCUCAUAUUUUGCCCCCGGCAGUUGAGGAAAGUCCUUUUCUUCCUAGUUGUCACAGUUUUUCCAUCUAUCAAUGCAGUGGUUUGAUUAAA